AUGGGACUGUGUAAUUCUAAAAAUACAAAAUAAUCUUAAACCUUCUCCAAAUAAUCAACCACAUAAUGCAUUACUCCAAUCAUACAGAAAACAAAAAAUAAUAAAAAAAUCAAAAAAAUUACAUUCUGUGAUGUCGAAAUUGAAUAAAAAUCAGCACUAUCAGAACAAAAAAGUCCCUCUCCACCACCAAAACUUUGCUACUCCAGUAGCAAUCGAAGUUUUAAUAAAGAUAUUUUAUUUGGACAUUUGAGAACAACAAAGGAAAAGUAUAAUUAAGUUGCUUUAGUAAUAUAAAGCAAAUAAACGCUUUUUGGGAAAACAAUUAGAUUUUCAAACUCCGUAAAGAGGGGAUAAAGAGUGUGUUAAUGA